GUUCAGCUCAGCAGACACCUAUCCUGGUCCCAGAGUGUCACAGGGACAGGACCAACACCAAACACUUGCCUGUUUCAGCAGAAGCAGGGGCAGAUCAAACUCCUCCCUUCCUCCCUCCCUCCUUCCCUGCCAAUUCCCAGCAGCUCCAUGGACCCCCUUGAAUCUGUGGUGAAGAACCCAUACACCAGCAUUAACAUCCCCCGAGCCCACCUUCGCCCAGACCUAGAGCAGCAGCUGGAACAGAGCCAGGACACUGCAUACCCUGGGGCCAGACCUAGCCCCGUACCCGCUUACUCCCCGCCAGGGGGUGGGUGGACCCAGGAAGAAGCCAAAGGAGGGUCUCAAACUCAGACCCAAGCGCCUUGGCAACAGCCAGGGAAUCCUUACUCCGGCCCCCAGCAGACAGCAGGGGCCACAGAGCCAGCUUACACUACAGUCCCACCCGUACGGCGAGGGGACGACAUCGCCCACCACUGCUGCUGCUGCCCCUGUUGCCAGUGUUGCCGCUGCCCCCGCUGCUGCCGUUGCCACCGGUGUUGCUGUGUAGUCUCCUAGCUCUGAACACCUACUCCAGAGGAACCCACACCGAAGGAGCCCCCGGCCACAAUGCAGCCGGGUUUGUUGUCAUUUGGGGAUAAGAGGCACAUAUCCCUCUGGAUGGCUCCCUCUUGGAUGGCAUCUAGUCACCUCUAGCCAAAGGAACUGGAGCUCAGGACAGAGGCCAAAAUCAUUAGGACUGAAUGUAUUUCAAAUCUUCCUAUCUUCCUUCCCAAGUCAUCAAUCAUGACAGAACAGAGGCCUGGGCAGAAUCAGGAGCCCAGGAAUCGCAGAAUUUCUGAACACAAAUGAACCAAAGAGAUCAUAGAGUCCAACUUGUACCUGAACAGGAUCCUGUGAUGCCCUUGAUAAAUGGGUAUAUAAUCACUACUCAAAAAUUGCCAGUGGCCAGAAGCUCACUACCUGCUACAGGAGCCCAUUCUGCCUUUAACUGAGACUGCUUAUUCAAAAGUUUUCCCUUAUGUUGAAUGGACAUAUAUAUCUUGCUAUAAAUUCCAUGCAUUGAUUUUAAUUCUAUCCUUUGGACCAAGUCAAAAACCAAGUAAAUUCCUCUUCCCCAUCACAACUCUUCAGAUAGUUGAAGGCAUCUAUCAUGUCUCUCCAGGAUUAUUCUUCGCUUCUCCGUGGUAAACAUACCUUGUUACUUGGACUGUUCAUAGUAUAUCAUGGUUUCUAGGCCAGGCUGCCUCCUCCAACUUGUUAAUAUCCUGUCUAAAAUGUGAUACCUAAACAUGAAUAACAUUGUUAUAAGAUUUUUAUAUGAGUCCAGGAGUGGGGGAUUUAUUGUGAGUAGUUUGUUGGAGAGGGAUGUUAGGGAAUCAGAAAACAAGAUUAGGAGAGGAAAUAUUUCUACUUAAAAUGGAGGGAAAUAUUCAAAUCUCUCUUCAGAAUUAUGGCAGCCUAACCCUGUGCGUAUUGAAAGCCUCACAGGUCUAGAGCAAGCCAUCAGCCCUGGUGAUACCCAUUACCACCCUUUAUUUACCCAUUAGAAUCCUGAACCAGUGAUGAGGUUCAAUGGGAAUGAUUCCUGUCCUCACAUGGCUCAACUUGAGUCCAAUCAAUUCAUACCCCACCUCCCCUGGGACUAAGGCAGCUACAUCAAUGACCAACCAGUGGACUUCUCACUUCAGCAGUUACCCCUGUUGUUCCCUUGACAAUAAACCUAAAUAAUUUGUUCA